CGGUUGUGGUUCCUUGGCACAGUGCGCCCGAGACACGAUCACUCGGUCUUGAAAACAACAUCGAAUUUUCGGGUGAUCUACAUCUUUUCUUUCUAAAUACAAACCGUAGAAAGAGUUCCACUAUUCCAGGGGCGCUAUGAAUAGGUUUAAGACUUCUAAAUUCCACAAUGCAGCAGCGAAGUCGCCAAAACGCGAGAACUGCUACAAUGAUAUCAAUGUGGGAAGCCUCAAGAUGUCAUGUGGAAAUCACCUCAAAGCAAGCACUUCAUUUAUUGCUUUUAAUGUUGAUAAAGGAGGUGGAGGCUGUUUGGGGAUCAUACCAUUAUCAGACAUUGGGCGUCGAGCAACCACACCCCUUCUACAUGUUCAUUCAGAUUUUGUGACGGACAUGGAUUUCUCUCCCUUUGAUGAUGGGUUAUUAGCCACAUGUUCUUAUGACUGUUCGAUAAAGAUUUGGCAAAUCCCUGAGUCUGGUGUUGCGCAAAACCACUCACUGACACCACUAUCUGCCUUCCCACUACACUCUAGUCGUGUAGAAAAUGUCCUAUUUCAUCCCACAGCAGAAGAGGUUUUGGCGUCUUCCUGCUCCAGUACUGUGUCUGUCUGGGAUGUCAGUCAAAACAAAGUCAAAUUUAGUUUAGACAGCCACAAGGAUGCAGUGCAAAGCCUGUCUUGGAAGGAAGAUGGCUCAUUAUUAGUUACCUCCUGCAAGGACAAAACAAUUCGCAUAUUUGACCCAAGGAAAUCAUCUUGCACUGUGGAAACAUUAGGGUUUGCAGGAAUAAAGGACUCUCGUGUUAUAUGGCGCAGUGACAAAGGACACAUAAUAGGAACAGGUUUCAGCUCAUCACGUGAGCGACAAGUUGCUAUCUGGGACAUUCACAACAUGAAGGAACCUCUACAGAGGAUAGGUCUAGAUACCAAUACUGGUACUCUGAUGCCUUUCCAUGACGCAGACAGUGAUAUGCUUCUUAUUGCUGGAAAGGGAGACACAAGUGUGCUGUAUUUUGAAAUAAAGGACAGUGGCAGUGAAUACUUAAAACAAGCGUCCGUUCACAUGACAGAAGACCAGCAUAAGGGCAUGGGGAUGGUACCUAAACUCGCUCUUGACGUCAUGUCAUGUGAGGUUGUUCGCCUGCUGCAGCUUACCAAGAAUUCUGUGGUGCCCAUCAGCUACUUGGUGCCAAGGAAGAAUUUAAAGGACUUCAACGCCGACCUCUACCCAGAUACUCUUGGCCCGGAGCCGGCCAUAACAGCAGAGCGGUGGUUCCAGGGAAACAAGGCCCUUCGGAGCCGUGUUAGCUUAGAUCCUGCUGCUAAAACGCGAUCUGCCAAGCCUGUUGUAGGUGAAAAACCAGCUGUUUCUGCUGCUAAACCUUCAACAAAACCUCAAGUUGUCCCUACUAAGCCAAAUAUUGAGACUCCCAAGCCAACAAUUUGGUCAGCUUCAAGUUCAUCUUCAAAUAUCCAAAAGGACGCUACUACAAAUUCAACCAAUCAGCAUCCAGCAUCGUCACAAUCGUCCAAUCAGGAGCCAGUGUCGGACACCAACGUGGAAACGUGGAAAUCAUUCUCCGGCGUUCGCUCGUCGAAAUUUAGACACAUAAUUGGUGUGCCAAUGCACAAGUCAACCAACAUCGAAAAUAUAAGAAACCUAAGCAUGUCAACGUUUGGCGAGUGUGAUGGACUUCAGCUAAAUAAAGAAUUCGUCGCGUAUCCAUUAUCUGGACCCGGUGGCCAGAUUGCAGUGCUGCCGCAUAACAAGCCUUGUCGGCUCCCUGAUAGUGGGAUGCCUGUGGUGCAGUGUGGGAGCACUGUUAUGGACUUUGUGUUUGACCCUCUAGACGUCAAUCGGAUGGCUGUAGCGUGCGAGACAGGGGUCAUCAGCAUAUGGAACCUUCCCAGUGGAGGCCUGACCGAAAUCCUGGACGAGCCAGUGGAGGAGCUCAAAGGACAUUACGACAAACCCAACAUUGUGCGGUACCAUCCGAACGACGAGAACCUGUUGACAUCAGCAGCUUAUGACUUGACUGUCAAGCUUUGGGACAUCAACGCUGCUAAGAGCGUCAUCACACUGGAAGGCCACAACGAGCAGGUUUUCAGUUUGGCAUGGAGCGCAGACGGCAAACAGUUAGCGACGUUUAGCAGGGAUAAGAAACUCAGGAUAUACGACCCGAGAGCCCAGGUCACCCCAGUUCUGGAAGGGCCUGGACCCGAGGGUAGCCGAGGGGGGCGUGUUAUCUGGGGUGGACCGGAUGGUAACAUGCUCUUGGUCUGCGGAUCUGAUAAGAUGAGCCAUCGGACAGUGAGCGUGUAUGACAGCGGUAAUCUAUCUGAGCCACUGUCAGUCAGUGAAAUCAACAUCGCACCCUCCAUCUUGAUUCCAUUCUAUGACGAAGACGCCAACGUUAUUAUGCUCUCGGGAAAGGGAGACACUGUUUUGUACGCUUACGAGGUCAGCAAUGAGCAUCCUUAUUUGUUCGACCUGACGCACUAUAGAGUGACAGAUCCUUUCCAGGCGAUAGCGUUCUUCGACAAACGUGUAUGUGACGUGAAAAAAGUGGAGUUCGCAAGAGCCAUCAAAUUGACCAAAACCAACUUGGAGAAGAUCAUGUUCCAAGUCCCACGGAUCAAGAAAGAGUACUUUCAAGAUGAUCUGUUCCCCGAAACUCGCGCUAAAUGGGAGGCAGCUGUGGCGUGUGAGGAGUGGCUCGCUGGACAGGAUGGAGAACAGAGUAGAAUUAGUCUCAGACCCCCUAAUAUGAAACCACUGAGUGAAGCCCCAAAGGCACCUCCCGCCUCCAAGAAGUACGACAGCACUAAAGAACUUGACGACUUCAAGUCAGACGAAAGAAGGAAAGAGGAGCUGGUGACAGCUAUGGUUGAGAAGCUCGGGACGUAUGAUGAGGACCCUCUGCCCCAGGACCUGAUGGAGGGAGUAGAUGAUGACGAAUGGGAUGAUUAAAUUGAGUCUGCUUUCAGAGGCCACAACUGAUAAAAGCAAGCAUCGAACAAGAAUCCAGGAAAAAGAGGAAAUUUUAUGGUUUGAUACAACGCUAACGUCAACAUCAUAACGACAAUAAAGGAAACGGAAAUACUUCCGGCUUUGCCUUUGUAUUCCGGUCUCGUCCGGGAUUGUGCUUCUGUCCGUAAGAACUAGAUGUCCGAAAUAGCGGGGUGCCAAUAUGGCAAAGUUGACUGUUUCUGGGCUUGUCCAAGGCAAAAUUCAAUGAUAUAGGACCACUUACUAUGUAUAGAAUGAAUGGACGAAAAGUAGUUACAAAGCAGCGCUGAACAUUUAGUGAAGACCGAAACGUUGUUGCGUCUAGUUUUGGUUUUUUCCCCUUUUCCCUAUAUUGGAUAUUUAAAAAGAUAUGAAAUCUCGAAAUACGUCUCAAGGGAAAUGUCUGGAUGUAUUUGCACGUCAGUUUUAGAAUUAGGUUGGGUGAUAUGAUAAAAUACAUUAAAAUCGUGUAACGGCAAUGUUCAGGAUAACAAAAAUAUGAUUAUUAUGAAAAUUAUUAGAAGGCAACUUGUCUAGAUCAACCAAAAGUCUUUAUGGUUUUGAACAAAUAGCUUCAAUUAAAAAAAACUUUUUGCGUUUAGCAUAUUAACUCAUUUUAGGUGCUUGAUUGCCUUUCUUUACACUGUUUAUUCAUAAAUCUAUAUGUAUCGUUCGCUUCCAGGCCAACUUCCUUUGGGAAUAAUAUUCAAAGUCUUAUAUUUUUAAAAGAAGUGAUAUUUUCUCAUUCAUUUCAACUUGUCAACACAUUUUGCUCAAAGUAGUUUUUGUAAAAUCCAAGGCCGGGAACACACAACCUUGAAGGACACAAAUCCCAAUGCACGACUUAACAUUCACAAUUGCGUGAUCAGUUCAAAUGCAGAUUGGAGUAAAUGUUCCCAUUACAGCAUAGCCGGCGGACAAUAGGGGAUGGGGGCGAAGACUUCUUCAACCCAAAGUUUCGCUCAAAUGAGCUCCAUAGCCGCCAUUGCUUAUUUUCAUGUGUUUUGCUUUUCAAGCAGGGGCACCGGUUUUCUUUCAUGAUCUUCCUAAUAUUUCCCAUUACAACUUGUUUGGAAUUGAACGCAAAGUUUGAUUACGACGCUUUCAACCACUUUCCGAAGGAUUAAGUCUUUUGUCUCGAGGCUUGUAAACUACACACAUACAUAAAAAAAAUGUCAGCUAAAACGGCGAAUGACAAUUCUACAACAAUUCUACGACCGAAAGGUGCUAAUGUAAAACUGAAGGUGGUAAAUAAACUUAAGCGAUGCCAGAACCAUAUAUUAAAUACUAGAAGUUCUCGUGGAGAAGUGUAAGUGCUUGGGCUCAUAAAUUGGUUGGUCAUUCAAUUGCAAGGGUUAAAUCUAUAAUAUUUUAGUACAUAAAAAAGUACAAUAAAGAUUAGAAAGAAGUACGAUAAAGAUUAGAAAGUAGCAGUUUUCCAAAUGAAGAGAUCUUAUCAUAGGGUUACGUAAUAAUUCUCAAUUUUCCAUGUUUGACAGGUUUCCACAUGAUCCCUGCACUUGACAUUAUCGGGGUAUUCCUUGGUGUUACGGGGAGCUUUGUUUUUAGUGCCCAAGGAUUUUGUACUCUAUUUCAUUGUCUUGUUCUAAGGUCUUUGUUUUUUGCUUUUGUUCCAUUGUGUUUUUGGUGCUGGUGUUCCGUAACACCAAGAAACUGCCCAUUAUCGGCAAGUCAAAUUUUGUUUUAUUGCAUCACAUUAAAGAGCAUCUUAGUAUUCCUUAAAUACUUUUUAGGCAUUAUGCACCAUAGAGUUUUAUUCAUUUGGCUACUGUAUAAUAACAGAGUAUCAAAGUGUUAUUAAAGAGCUAUGAACAAAACUGACUGUUUAUACGAUCGCCAAAUUCUGUAAAAUGCGUUGGCAUUUCGUCGAUUUUGUGCUUGUGGCCGUGGUUUAACACAUAAAGUGUGUCAUGCCUUUGGGAUUGUUCAGUGUAUGAUCAUAUCCCCCAUGAUAUUUUCGACAAAUAUCUGUUUCAUAAGCAGGUGACAUUUUUAAUACACUUUUUACUCCCACAUUUUUAAUUUAAUUUUAAUUUUUAGCUUUUUAAGGCAUCCGUUUGCUUUCGAGUCAUUUAAUUUUAUCGUGUUUCUUCGUCUAUUCUAAAAAUUUAUAUAUAUAUAUUCUAAAUUAAUAUUUUUGUAGCUUGCCUCAUUAUCAGGUUAAUGGAUGAGAGAAAAAAAACAAGUGGUUAAUAGUAAAAUAUCGCGGCGUGAUCUAGAUAUAGCUCAACUAUAUCUGAAAAAAUAGAGAAAUGAAAUUAAAGUGACAGGAAAUGUGAUAAACCGCUA